ACCGGCCUCCCUAAAGGAGAGUCUGGCUAAAAUUGAUGAACGCAUGAAAGGUCAACUCUUCUUAGAAUACGCUGGGGACAUCUGGUAUUAUUGAUCACGAUGGAAUUUGGAGACUGUGGAGUCGCGCGGAGACGAGCCCGCUCCUGGAAUGCCGAUCCAUUUACCUUAUUUAUCUAUGUCUACAAAGAGUUGAUGGGAGAAGAAGUCACAAUGCAAUCGUACGCUCUUUUGUAUUUCGGCGGAUCUCUUGGACCCGCCUUAAUAUGUAAAUAUACAGUGAAUGCUUUAUGCUGUUACAAGUAUCACAAGAAUACAGGUACAUCGUCUCGGUGGGGAAUGCAGAAACUUUGGACAGUAAGUAAAAUAAAGCGAAGCGUUCUUUCUUAUCUCCCAUUUAACAACAAGCGCAUACUGGGCCGAAGGCUUUGAAUUGUGUAUUUACCACAACCGAUGGCUACAAAUAUCUUCAGG